UGAAGAUGAGUAACCCUCAACCCGGAACUUCUUCUGAUCCCAGCCCAAGUCCUGGGCCGUCUCGGAGAAGGAGAAUAUCGGAUCCACCACCUUUUCUCCGUUCUCCACUUAAAAAGAGACCGAAGGCAACAAAAUUGACCUUAAACGAGAAGACAGUGGGUCUGAAUCUUUAUAAACAUUUAUAUGCCAGUUCUUCUGCAUAUCAUUACAAAAGUGACAUUGCAGGAAAAGUUGCAGAAAUAAUGGGUGUUUCACUUAGGACUAUUCAAAGUGAGAUUCAACAAUAUAAAACUGAGGGCAAAUCGUCUUUACUAAAGGCAACUAUCAACACCUUCCACCUUCGCUCAUCAAGGACUUAGCUGAAUUCAUAAUUUAGGCAAUAAGAAGACAAGUGCACGCUUUUUCGAUAAUGAUCCACCAACUUUGGAUAAAGUGCUCUCGACUGUUAAUGAAGACGAGAAUUUGCCAAAUUUCAAGCGAACUACAUUGCACACAUUAAUGAAAAAAAUGAAUUUUGUUUAUAUGAAAAGAUCGCGUAAAAUUAUUCUUUUAGACAGGUUAGAUCUUAUUGUGUGGAGGAGGAAUUAUCUUCUUAGAAUAAAAGCUUACAGAAAACUGAAUAAGCAAAUAUAUUACACUUACGAGACUCGGUCGAAUGAAGGGCACACUUCUAGUUACGUCUGGAUGGACAAUGACAUAGAGAGCAGCAGGCAAGCAUUUUUAAAUGGGUUGAGCAGGGGUCUCAAAAACCCCAACGAAGGAAGAAGGUUAAUAGUUACCCACAUCGGAAGCAAUGAAGGCUUCCUCGAAGACGGAGAAUUAAUUUUCCAAGCGAAAAAAACCGAUGCGGAGAAUAACUACCACGGCGAAAUGGAUGCCCAUAAUUUUGAAAAAUGGUUUAAAAAAAUUCUUGAAAAAGUGCGGGUUCCGUCAUUGUCAUGGAUAACGCAACAUACCACUCCAGAAAGUUAGAACGUGUGCCAAACAUGAGUUAGAGGAAGGCUGGCAUUCAGAAAUGGUUGAGUGAGAAAAAUAUUUGUUUUGACGACAAUGGACUAAAAGCACAAUUAUUAAUGAAAUUUGACAAAAAUAAUUUUAAUCAAAAAUACUUAGAUGAAUCGGCUUCUACAAAUGUUACUGUAUUGCGCCUAUCUCCGUACCAUUGUGAAUUGAAUCCCAUAGAAUUAAUAUGGGCUCAAUUUAAAUCAUUUAUAGGUAAAAAACAUAAAACUUUUAAGUUGGCACAUGUUGAAUCAUUACUGAGAGAGGGUCAACAAGCUUGGCAGAGAGCCAUCGAGCACGUCGUCGAAGAAGAGAAAUGUUAAGGCUCGAUGGAAUCAUCGACAAUCUUACUUACGCACCGAUAGAACCUUUCAUAAUUAAUGUGACAUCGGAGGACGCAAGCUCUAAUAUUAAGUAUAUCUGAAUAAAGUACAUGUUUGAAAUAA